GAGCGGCCCCCUGAUCAGCUAACACGAGGCGGGUAAGGGCGUUCGGGCUGCUUCUAGCGGGCCCGCGGAACUUUUGCGCAGCCGCGUCCCUUCCGAACCUCGCCCCCUCGCUCCACAGCAUGGCUGCGGCGGAAGCACAGUACGAUCUGCUGGUGAUCGGCGGCGGCUCGGGCGGACUGGCCUGCUCCAAGCGCGCCGCCAGCCACGGCAAGAAGGUCGCCGUCUGCGACUUUGUCAAGCCGAGCCCGCCGGGCACGACGUGGGGUCUCGGCGGCACCUGCGUAAACGUCGGCUGCAUCCCAAAGAAGCUCAUGCACCAGGCGGCGCUGCUCGGCGAGGGCAUGACGGACGCCGAGUCCUUCGGCUGGGAGGUUGCCGCGCCCAAGCACAACUGGGAGACGAUGGUGGGCAACGUGCAGGGCCACAUCAAGUCGCUCAACUUCGGGUACCGAUCCGACCUCAUGUCCAACGGCGUGAAGUACUACAACGCGUACGCAACCUUCCUCGACCCGCACACGGUCGAGGCGGUCGACAAGAAGGGCAAGGUGACCAAGAUCACGGCGUCGGAGAUCGUCAUCUGCACGGGCGGCCGGCCGCGCUACCCGGACAUCCCCGGCGCCAAGGAGCUGGGCAUCACUUCGGACGACGUCUUCGCUCUCAAGUCGCCGCCUGGCCGCACGCUCGUCGUCGGCGCCUCGUACGUCGCUCUCGAGUGCGCCGGCUUCAUCAAGGGCGUCGGGUACGACACGACGGUGAUGAUGCGCUCGAUCCCGCUGCGCGGCUUCGACCAGCAGAUGGCCGGGCUCUGCAAGACGUACAUGCAGGAGCACGGCGUGGCCUUCAUCGAGGGCGCUGUGCCGACGGCGGUCGAGGCGACGCCCUCGGGUGCAAAGAAGGUGAGCUGGAAGCUCGCCGACGGCUCUGUCGGCUCGGGCGAGUACGACACGGUCCUCUUUGCGAUCGGGCGGGACGUGUGCACGAGCGCGAUCGGGAUCGACAAGGCGGGCGUCAAGCUCUCGUCCAACGGCAAGGUGCCGACGGUCAACGAGCAGACGAACGUGCCGCACAUCUACGCCAUCGGCGACAUCAUCGACGGCGAGGCGCUCAACCCGCCUUCAGCGACCACCGAGCUCACUCCGGUCGCGAUCCAAGCGGGCAAGCUGCUCGCCGACCGGUUGUACGCCGGGAAGAGCGCGCUGAUGGACUACUCGAUGGUGGCGACGACGGUGUACACGCCGCUCGAGUACGGCGCGGUCGGGCUCCCCGAGGAGGAGGCGAUCAAGCUGCACGGCGAGGACAACAUCGAGGUGUACCACUCGUACUUCAAGCCGCUCGAGUGGACCCUGCCGCACCGCGGCGACAACGUCUGCUACGCCAAGCUCAUCUGCCUCAAGCCCGAGGGCGAGAGGGUCAUCGGCCUGCACGUCUGCGGCCCCAACGCGGGCGAGAUGACGCAGGGAUUCGCCGUGGCCAUCAAGGCGGGCGCGACCAAGGCGCACUUCGACGACACGGUCGGCAUCCACCCGACAGUCGCCGAGGAGUUCACGCUCCUCGCCACCACCAAGCGGUCGGGCGACUCGGCCGAGAAGUCGGGAUGCUGAGGCUAAGCCCGCAGCCGGCCCUCUCCGGGGGCCGGGCUGCGGGCGCGUGGGCUCCCCGUGCCGCCGACUCCGCGCUGUAGCGGCGGCAGCACGGGCAGCCCGACAGUCUCUUUCGCUCGUCGCGCGCGAGCGACUCCUUGCGCGAGGCUCAUGAUGGCGGCGACACGGAAAAGCGGGCCCUCCGCUCGUGCGCCGCCGGAGACCGCCUCGCAAACACCAACCGGGCGGGAAUUUUUGGGGGAGGGACAACGUUCGGGGAACUGAGAGUGGGACCUCCGGGUGAAUCUGUCUCUGUGUGGCGGGAGCUGCGAAGUACUUUGUACGGGAUGUUACACCUACGGAUAUGCACCCAAAUUGUU